AUGAUAUUUUUACAUGGGUUCCUUUCUUCUUCCUCAUUUUGGACAGAAACAGUUUUUAAGAAUCUAUCUGGACCUGUAAAGGAUCAGUACUACAGACUUUUUGCUGUUGACCUUUUGGGAUUUGGCAGAAGUCCAAAGCCAAGUGAGUUUUUGAAUUCUUUCCAUUUGGUGGCACAUUCCAUGGGUUGCAUAAUCGCUGUCGCCUUAGCUGCAAAGUACUCGAAGUUUCUCAAAUCAGUCACUCUUGUUGCACCUCCUUACUUCCCUUCUGCAAGAGAUGGAACAAGUACUUCAAUGGUGCUCAACACACUUGCAGGAAAAACGCUGUGGCCACCAUUAGCAUUUAGUAAAUCUGUUAUGUCAUUGUAUGAGCAUGUGGGUAGAUGUGUUUGUUUCCUCUUUUGCCGGAACCAUAGGACACGGGAGCGGAUUCUGAAGCUAUUGAUUCAAAGAAGGGAACUCAAUUUCAUGGCAGUAGACUUGACUAGGCAUACCCAUCAUUCAGCUUGGCAUAGCAUGCACAAUGUCAUACGUGGAGAAGCAAAGUUCAUGGAUGACUAUCUGGAAAUUUUGAUUAGAUCUAGAGUAACGGUUUGUAUCAUCCAUAGUGAUAAUGUGUCAUGGGUUAAAGUUUUCUCUUAUCGAAGCAAUAGAUUGUGCGUCACUUAA